AUGUCUUACUUCUACAAUCAGCAGUACACUCCUUUCGUCGACCCAUUCUACAAUUUUUUGGGCGAUAUUGCAAAUGCAGUGGAUCAAGUCCAUCAAGCAAUAGGUGAAAAGGCUGUGAACAAUAAGAGAGUUGCUAAAAACGAGAAAGGUGCGAAUGCAGUGUCGAAGAUUCAGAAAAAGCAACCGGAGAGAGCAGAUCGCGAUCCAGAAAUGCCAUUGAUAUCCGCUUUUGAUAACGAUCCAUUUUUCUCAAGUAAUAUGGAUGUCGAUAAGUUCACACCAGAGCUUGAUGUUCAUGAAAAUGACAAGGAAUAUACAUUAAAGGUUUCUGUUCCUGGUGCUGCCAAGGAUAACUUAUCAAUAAACUUUAACAAAGAUGAUAAUCUCUUGACAAUUGAAGGUGAAAUUCCAAGCACGAAAACAGAGGAAAAGAACGGUGAUAAGGUGAUUCAUACAGAGAUUAGAUCAGGAAAAUUUGAGAGAUCUAUGACUCUCCCAAGAGAUGUUAAUGCAGAUGGCAUUAAGGCCGGCUUCGAAAAUGGUAUCUUGACUUUACGGGUUCCAAAGUCCGAAAAAACAGAUAAUGUUAAAAGCAUUGACAUAAAUUAA